AUGACGAAGGAAGCGCCUGAGACAACAGAGGAGUACAUCGAGGCCAUGAAGGCUGAGAUUCACACUUUGCUUCCCCGGCUCAUCGAUCAUGGACUGGAUGAUAGUAAAGGGCUUCUGCGCGUUGCCUGCCCUGAAGCGUCUGAUACUAUUUCCAAUCAGCCAACCCUUAACGACAAAAAUAUCAUCAACCACUUAGCUAUCCCAGCGCAAGAGAAGUCUAUCUCUAGAGUGCUGGAGGAAUGUUCAUUGAUCUUCGACACCCGGGUCGUAACACAGCACCCCCAUUUUUUCAGCUUCAUUCCCUCAACAAUGCUUCCUAUAUCCUGGGUUGCGGAUCUCGUCGUCAACGCUUUCAACCCCCACGUUGGAGGAAGCUUUGCUGGAUCAAGUUGCGAUAUCAUCGAGAAGUCCCUUAUGAAAUGGCUUGCUUCGAAGGUCGGAUUUCCACCCGAUGAGGCUACCGGUCUUUCCGUGUCCGGUGGUUCGAUGGCCAACUUCAUGGCGCUUACUGCUGCACGAGACAAGUUCAUUCAAAAAACGGAGGAUCACUAUCGUGCUGUGAUCUAUGUUUCUGAACAUAGUCACUUCUCGAUUGCCAAGGCCGCACGUAUUCUAGGCUUUGGUCAACAUCAAGUUCGUCAAAUCCCAGGACUCAAGCCGCAAGAGCUGGCAAGUUCGAUCCUAGAGGACAGAGCAGCUGAUCGUAUUCCCAUGGCGGUGGUCGCAACCCUUGGAUCCACGUCGACGGGAAGCAUUGAUCCAAUCCCUGAGAUCGCAUCAAUUACCUCGGAAAGUGAUAUAUGGCUGCAUAUCGAUGGUGCAUAUGGGUCUUCGGUUCUGCUAUCGGCCUCAUACUCCCACCUGGCAAAAGGUGUCGAGCGAGCCGACAGUCUGACAUGGGACGCGCAUAAAUGGCUUUUCACGAGCUAUGGCUGCGGCAUGCUUUUUGUCAGAAACAAACAGUGUCUUGCACGCUCGUUCUCUGCUCAUUCUGAUUUCCUUGAUAACGGAGGCCGUCAGGAAAACUUCGAGUUCUGGGACUUGAGCUUGGAACUUACCCGACCAGCUCGAGCGAUGCGGCUUUGGUUCACCCUACGUGCUUUGGGGACUGACCGGAUUGGAGAGAUGAUUGAUCGCGGUGUGGAAUUAGCAGAAGAAGCUGAGACAGUCUUCCGUUCCCUGGGUCAUUGGAAAAUACUGUCCGGGGCACAAAUGGCCAUUCUUGUGGUUCGGUAUCAGCCUACCGACAGUUCGGAGAAGUAUUUGAAUGAUCUAAACAAGAGGAUUGGGGACGUUGCUCUCGAACGGAAUGUGGCAGCAGUGCAAACCAUCGAAUUUGAGGAAAGGCUGGCACUACGGUUGUGUAUCAUCAACCCGAGGCUCGCUUCUCGCGAUUUGAAAAGCAUUCUACAUACGCUAGAUGAGAUAGCCAUGGAGACAGACGCGGAAAAGGCCCUUGUCGAGUGA